CGAGCAGACCCAACAUUUUUCCAGUUAUCAACCAUUUAAGCUGUGUAAUCCGAAGGAGAUAAAUAAAAAAUUAAAACCCUAAAACAAAAGAAACCCAGCAGCUCCAAACAAAAAAAUACAACCGCCGUGGCUUUGCUAUUCUUGUCUUGUAUCUGAAACAAACAAGUCGGAGUUGCACUGUUCUCGUCCUGCCGGGAAACCCCACCGGAGUUUCGCUCGCCGGAAAUUCGUCACCCUUUUGACAUUUUCAUUUUUCCGGUAGCGCGCGUGAUUCCAAUUUGCAGUUUUCUGUGCGCGUGAUUUCAAUCAAUCUGCCGAUUGCGUGACACCUAAUUAAUUAAUUGCGUCAUGGAUGAUCUUUUUGACGAUAUUGUUCCUACUACUACUACGACUACACGUGCGAGAGGUAGGUUUGCGCCUAAGGCUAAACCCAAACCACCACCGCCUCAAAAGAAUAAUGUAUCUGCAUCAACCACUCACGAAGAAUCUCAACUAAUUUCUCCCAAAAAUGAUUCUCAUAAUGCUGACAUCAAUGUCAAUAACGUAACAGCGCAGUCAGUUCACCCUGCUAAUGCUGUAGAGAAUGUAUUGAAUAAUGCGGCUGCUGUAUCUACUACUGACUCAACCAUAGGUAGUAACAAAGAACUGCCUACAAAUGGGGAAGGUUCUUUUCUUGACAGCAACAAGAGUUUGGAAGUUAUUGAUAAUUCAUUAGAGGUUAGCCUAAACGCGGGCUUCAAAAGCGCUUCAGGCGACAUUAACAAUGGAAUAUCUGAGAGCGACUUACAUUCAAGUUUUGAGUUUGGAGAAGUGCGAGAGGUCUUGUCUGCGGAAAUCGAGCUGGAUCCUUUCAGUGAUGUCCUCCCUGAUCCUGGAACCGGAAAGGCUAAAAAGUUUCAACCCAAGAUUAAGCCACGACCUAGAGUCAGCAAUACACCAGCUACUGCUUCUGCUUCAUCUGGUAUUCCAUUUUCUGAAGAUGAUAGAAGCUUGGAAGCAGUUAUUCCUUCCCAUUCUGAUUCCCUGAAUGCUAUGCCUUCAGAGUCUGCAGUUCACGAUGGAACUAGAGAUUUUCCUUCUAGCUUUGGUAAAUCAGUUGCAGAGAAUGCAGAUAUUUUUUCCGGGCUAGAAUCACUCGAUGACAUUCUCAACCAAGAUGCAACUGGUACAGCAAAACCAGAUCUUAAAUCUUUCAAUGUGAAUGGCGCGGAGGAAAAAUUUGUCCUUCCAGGAUACGAUGGCAAAAGUAGGUCGGAAAUACAGGAAGGCGCAGACUUGAACCCUGAUCCUGACUGCCCCAUUGACAAUGUCUAUGAUGAUUAUCAAUCCAUGAAAUCUGGCAUUGAUCCAACAUCUGAAAUUCCAAGGCAUGAAGGCUUGACAAAUUCUCCAGAUAGUCCCACAUUGGCUGACCUUUUGCAGCAAGACGAUGCUGGAGAGAAAGAACUUUCUCAGGUUGCUAAUGAGAGAAAAAAAUCUCUAAAGAAGCAUAAAAUAUCUUCUAUUGCUGGUGUGGAGGAUAAAGGUGGUAAAUCCUCAAGGAAACCAAGAAAACAAGCAGCUAGUAAACCUACUAAAAACUCAUUGAAUGAGGCUGUUAACGGUGAUGAUGUCCUCGACCCUCCUUAUGUUAUUGAUGGAGAUGAACUUGAAGAAAAUGACGAUGAUGACGACGUGGAUUAUUCAUCCAAGAAGACAAGCGCAUCAACAAGUUCAAAGAAGAAAUCAGUGGCUAAAAAGGGAAAAACAUCUAAAAAACGCAAGAAGGCUAAUGAUGAUUCAGAAAAGGUUACUGAAGAACCUCCUAAAAAGUUCCCCCAUGCAUCUCGGCGAAGAAAAAGAUGUGUGGACAAGGCUCUGCUGGAAAAUGACUAUCUUGAUCAACGAACAAUACCUAUUAGGGAUAUUAUUUUAAUUGCAGAACAUAAGGAGCGGUUGGCGAAAAAGGAGGCAACACCUUCGCAAACACCUUCCACCAAUCAAAGUGAUGGGGAUUUUCAUCAUGAUGUGGAUUUUCAUCAUGAGGCUGAUGCUAAUUAUGAAGAGGAGUUUUUUGGUUCAGACGAUGAAUUUAGAGACCUGGAUGAUGAUGAUCGAGCCACUGAAAAGAUUACAUCAACUACUCCUUUAUUGAAUUACCAGUCUUUCAUGGACAAGGCACCUAGGGGAAAAUGGUCAACACGAGAUACUGAAAAGUUUUAUGAGGCUAUUAGGCAGUUUGGCACAGAUUUUACUAUGAUACAACAGCUUUUCCCUGAUAAAACACGUCAUCAAAUUAAGUUGAAGUACAAGAAGGAAGAGCGACAACAUCCUUUACUGUUAACUGAUGCCAUGAAUAAUCGUGGAAAAGAUCUUUCUUUUUUUAAAUUGGUGGUUGAGAAACAGAAACAAAAUUCUAAUAAGGAAGAAGAUACUGCUGAAGAUGCCUCAGAUUUAAUGAUAGGGGAGGGUGAGGAGAAUGAGGACCCAACACCUGGAACUAAGGAAGAGGUUGCAACAGCUGAGCAGGAGCAGGACCACAUCAAUGUUAAAGAUCAAGAAGAUUCUAUGGCAUAUCCAGUUCCAGAGCAAUCUGACGAUAGUGACGAUGGGUUACAAAAUAAUGAAGACGCAUGGUAUCAUUAUCAGAGUGCCAUUUAGUGAUAUAAAAUAAUAACCACGAAUUUUGAUCUUAUUUUAAAAAAAAAUGGGGAAGGGGAAAUUUUGCAUUUGAGAUUUGAGGUUACAAAGUCAAACUCUUAACACUUAGGUGACACUUACACUUGAUCUCAUUUUUUAAAUUGGAAGAUUACGUGAUAUUUUAGUUUUUUGCUGAUUGAUUUGUGAAAUUACUUCGUCAACUUUUA